GACACGCGACAGCGUACGGAGGGCCACUCGGCGGAACUCGGCGGCGCUCUUGGACAAGGAGACUGGUACCAAUCAAACAACGAAAGAAUACUAGAAAACAUGGCGGCCUCCAUGCUCAGUCAGAGUAAGUUAUUAUUCUGUGCUUUCUCUACUUCUAGACUUGCUCUAUCUAUGCUUACAUUAUUGUAAACUCCACUUUCAUGUUUUAUCGACAUAGAGCACAAGUUACCUCCUGGUCAAAACCCAGAUGAGUGGACGAUUAGAGAAAAGUUAACUUUAGCUUCUUCGGUGGUUCGAAGUGGUGAUCAAAAUUGGUAAAAAUAUAUAAGCUUAGAUAUCUGUCUAUGUCGUUUAUUUUGAUUUUUAAAUUGCUCAAAUUACUGUUAGAGAGUAAAUUUAUCUAUUCGAGACCUACUGUAUUUGUUUGAGGGUUAAGGAAUGCUUUCAUACACUGUUUUAGUGUUUUAUAUGAAACUGAAAUUAAACGACAAAAGGGUUAAAUAUUCAGCUUACAGUAUGGAAGGCGAAGCCGUUGGUCGAAUUUGUGUGUCGUUAAAGCAGGCUGGCGUGGUCUGAAGGUCUGUUUUUCUUGAUUCACUCUGUAGCUUCCAUUACAUGUAAGAAAAAGGGUUCAUGCUGUACACAUGCAUUAUUUUAAUAAAUGUAAUACAUGUAAUGUACAUUUUUCUGUGGAACGCUAAGCGUGACAAAAAUGCUCAAAUAUACACAUUAUAGAGGUUAAAUCAUUUAAUAUGUGCUGUACUUUGUUACUAUUGGGUUGUAAAUUCUGUAUAUAAAGCAUAAGUGAAGGUAAAUUUAUUGCAUUUGAUUUCUUUCAACUGAAUGUCGCGUUUUUCGAUGAGCCUGUGAGGUAAUACUUGGGUUUCUAUCAAUAUAUAUACAGGCCGCAUCCAUGAUAAUCAAUGAUUAUUUAAACAUGCCAUCAUUUGCAUGUGGGAUAGCCUCCUAUGCAGAUGUUCUUAGGGGGUGCAUCGCGUGUUUCAUUCAAAAAAAUUCCUUUCCCAUUGUUCACAAAUAUCAGCUGGAACUCAUGUGCAGAUUAUGGGAGAAGCAAUCGGUGCUGUUGAAGUCAAAAUGUUGACCAGCCAAACACGAUGUACAAGCUCUGUAGUGUGUGUUAUGUGACCAAAGAGUUUUGCCCCUUACAAGAAUGUAGGAUAUAAAGGUUCAAUUUUUGCAUAUUUGCCUCUGUAAAUGCUGGAUUAGAUGCCAGUUGCUCAUAAGGGUGUUCUUUUGGUGAGGCAGUGGUUGUAACUGAACAAAAGGCAGAAUUUUUUUUUUUCUCAGUUUAUUGUUUUGUAGUAAAGCUGACUUCCGUUCAGCAAAUUUAAUCUGUGAGGUAAUUUUUUUCAAUAAGAUUGUGUGGGUAGCCUCUAGUACAUAGGCAUGUGAGUUAGCCAAGUAGUCUGUUCUAAAAAGUGUAAGGUCUUCACCUUUCAUGACACCUUUCUGAUCUUUUCUGGAGUCUUGCGCAACAUUUCUCAAUGUCCAAAGUGCAACCCUUCAGAUUUGGAAGUGUGACGUGAUUGGUCUACGUUUUUUUUCUGCUCAUUUCAGCAGACACUCGUUGGGGAGGAGGAGGAGGGAGAGGCUACUUGUGGGACAGCCUCAUUACAAUCAAACUGUCCUAAUGAGGACAGGUCGCAACUAACAUGUUUAUUUCGUUAUAGGGUGUCUGUCAGUCGUACUAUCAAACCAAUACUUGAGACAGGAUGUUGUGCAAAACAAAGACCACCUGACUUUUUUUCACAGAAGGUAAUAUUAAUUUGUGUCUCAGGUAUAAAGUGAAUCAUUCACUUCUGAAAAACCCUUUUAUAUGAGUUAUUUGUGUUUCAUCCUGGUUUUAUACAGUGCAACAGCACCAUGUAAGCAUAUUCUCUGAUGCAAAAGUUCAAUAAUAUUAAAAGGGUGGCUAGAAUGAAGCCCCAACUGACUUCUGAUAGACUUGUAGUUGUUGGUGGAAGCAAGACUGUGGUGACCUUGUUUUGAAACAACCCUUCCUUCUCUGUUUACCUGGGCAUUUUUUAUGUUAUAUAGUUUGUCCUUAUGUUUAGAAAUAGAAUUUAAUUUAAUUUUUUAUUUUAAUUCUACAGAACUGUGCAUCUCAUUACUCUGAAAUGCUUGAAAAAGUGAACACGCCAAAGUACGUGCUGAUGACUGAAUAAAUUGGCCAUAUUAAUCUGAUAAAAUACUUGUUAGGUUUAAAGGUUGGAGGUUCAUUGUUGUAAUUUGCAAUUUAUCAAUAACUACCUUACUUGUUAAUUUGAUUAUUUCUCUAUUCAACCCUCUCAGCCUACAGUGCUUUUAGUUUCAGUACAUUAACCUUCAUAUUCUCUUCCACUAUUCUCCAUCAAGGCUGUGCUCUAAGGAAAAUUGAAGGGAGCCCAGUGCUCUGAAAUGUAAAAUCUAGGGUGCCCAGCAUAUGAUUUGUAUGAAAAAUCUAAGAUCGUCUAGUCACCCAAGGGAAAAAGUUAGGCAC